AUGUUAUCUUCUCGUGCUCUAAAGAAUGUUCAGCAACUGGAGCGUCCCUUCCGGUUCACUCCAACCCCGGAUUAUGACCCUCAGACGAAUCCUCAAGGUCUUAUUUCAUUUGGCAUGGCAGAGAAUGUCACGUUUACACUAGACUCAGUCAGCUACCGCUCGAGCGCAACUAUAAAUUCUCGUCUUCCGGGUAUUGCCGCAGCUCAUUUAGACAAGGUCUUGAGCACACACUCUCCAAUUAAUCCGGAACAUGUUUUUGUCGCGGAUUCUCCGACGUCUCUGGGCAACAUACUCGGCUUCAACCUCGCUGAGCGGGGGGAAGGAAUUAUAGUUAAUCGCCCCGUUUAUGGCCGCUUUGAGCUAGACUAUGGUGUCGAGGCUGGUGUUGAAAUCGUCUAUGCCGACACCACAACUGAUGAAGCUUUUACGCCGAACUCGGUGGCUAAGUACGAGCAAGCUUUGAUUGAAGCCGAGCAGCGAAGCAUCAAAAUUCGUGCGGUACUCUUAGUGAACCCACACAAUCCUGUCGGUUUCAAUAUAUUAAUCGAAAUCGAAUCAGGUCGUUGCUAUCCCUCUGACACCCUGAGACAUAUUGCAAGGUUCUGCGAUAGAAACAGUCUUCAUCUUAUUAGUGAUGAAGUAUACGCAUCCUGCGUUUUUGACUCAGGUGAUCCUGAUGCUGUGCCAUUCAACUCGAUUUUAUCGUUGAAUUUGCAGGGUUUGAUUGACCCAAACCUUGUCCAUGUUCUAUAUGGCUUUAGCAAGGACUUCGCUUCUGGGGGCUUGCAUCUCGGUUUCUUGGUAACUGCAAACGAGCAACUUCGCAAGGCAUGCAAAAUGGUUCUACGGCUCCAUGGCGCUUCCCAGGCUGCAAUUACGAUCGGGACUGCUAUCUUAGAGGAUCAAGAUUUUGUCCAGGGCUUUCUAGCCAAAUCUCAAGCUAGCCUUGCAGCAGGCUAUCGCCUAGUCACUUCUACACUUCGAGAAGCCGGCAUCAAUUACAUGAAAGGAGGGUGGGUAUUCUUUGCAUAUCGGGAUCUUUGUGUGUCAGCUCUAAUAUGGCAAACUAGAAAUGCGGGUUUCUUUAUUUAUGUCGACCUGUCCCCUUUCCUCCCCGACAUUAACUGCUCGGUUCAAGAACGCGAAUUUGCCCUAGCACAGCAGCUCCUUGAUGAAGGUAUCUUCUUACAUCCUGGGGAGGAGCACUCUAAGGAUGCAGGCUGGUUUAGGCUGGUGUUUUCAAAUGACGAGCCCGCUUUAAAGGAAGGGCUGAGGAGGUAA